UGAAGUGCAGUGUGUAGCAUGAAAAAAAAGUUCACACAGCUUUUCUCAGAUGGAAAGAAAUUCCAAAACAUUUGUGUUUAUUUUCUAUAAUUUAUUUCCCCUUUGGCCACAUUCGAUCCACGGUACUACAGAGAAUAUUGUUUAAAGUAAAUACAGAUUAUUUUACCUACAACAAUACAUCUAAGUUAAACACAAACACAGGCUGAAUAUCAUUGAAUCAUUUUUCAACUGUUUCUAGCAGCUGUACUGCGCGACUCUGCCGAUUUCUUGUCUCGGGGCUAAGGCUUUUCUGGCACAUUUUUUGUCGCACGCAGAUGAGACUCCUCAUCCUGACAUAACACCGUAAAUCAACUCAUCGGGCAUAGAAAGUCUCUGGACCCACAGUCACACACACACACACAUAAACACACACAUGCGGCGUGUACAACACUGGUCUGAAUUCAGCCAGCAUUAACACAGCAGCCACCUUCUCUGAGCCCGGACCGUCCGCAGCUCUCCUCUCGGCGCACUGCGCUGACUCUGCAGAAGGAAAUCAUCGGGGGAGUGUAGGAAGGCGGUUUUUUUUUUUUUUUUUCGUUUUUCCUCAAGGUAGGACAAGCAGUUAGAACCCAGCUCCUGGUUGUCAGCGAUCCCCAGCUGUCUCCCUGGCUUCAGUUUUCGGUUUGACGGGGGGAAAGAAGAAGAGGAGGAAGAAGAAGAAGAAGAAGUAGAAGAGCGGACACAGAGUCGUGGUCGUGCGUUCCUCUGCCGCGAGACCGACGCGUUUCCAAACGUCUUGACGCGCGGUUUCUUCCCCCCUCCACGGGUGAAGCAGCUCACCCCCAGCCAGCCCCCCGCCCCCCCCCCCCGGGCACACGAGUGAUUCUCGGGGAUAAAAAAUAAAACUGAGUGACUGUUUUUCCCUCGUUACGACCUAAAAGUGUGACAAAAGGCGAUGAGAAGUUUGUGAAAAGACACGGAGCAGCGAAUCACCUCAGACGCGGACAGCAGUGAAGAGGAGAAAGUUCCCCACUUGAGGGCGAAAGCCGACUUUUAGAGGACGCCAAGUUUGAAAAGUGCCAGGAGCUCCGGGGUCUGUGAGAUACAACAUGCAGCAAUGUCCAAAGAGGCAGAGUUGGAUGUGAGAGGCAGUGAGUGCGACACAGUCCCACCAGAGCCCAGCAAAGACCCACAACUACCCAGGCCACCUCCAGCUGAGGCGAACAAACCCAACGGCACCGCUGGCGUUUGCACGAGCAUCCCCUCCAGUAGCCACAGUAGCAGCAGCAGCACCACCACCACCACCACCACCACCUCCACAAGCAGCAGCAGCAGCAGCAGAAGUGGUCUGGGUGGCAUUAGCAUCGUUAGCAGCAGCAGCAGCAGCGGCGCUGAGGGAGCAGGCGAAAGCUCCAUGCAGUUCAGCACCAGACCGCCUAGUGCUGAGCAGCCGGGCUUCAUGGGGACAUGGCAGCAGCAGAGCACUGACAGCAACCUCCUCUACAGAAUGUCCCAGCAGGGUGCUGUAACCCGGCUUCCUUUGAAGUGCGACAGGUCGACUAUGGGCCGAGACCUGGAGGAGGCCAUUCGCUGCACAUUGGUGAACUGCACAUGUGAGUGUUUCCAGCCGGGGAAGAUUCACUUACGAACAUGUGACCAGUGCAAACAUGGCUGGGUAGCUCACGCUCUGGACAAGCUCAGCACCCAGCACCUCUACCACCCAACCCAGGUGGAGAUCGUUCAGUCCAACGUGGUGUUUGACAUCAGCAGCCUGAUGCUAUACGGCACCCAGGCCGUGCCCGUCAGGCUCAAGAUCCUCCUCGACCGCCUCUUCUCCGUGCUCAAGCAGGAAGAGGUGCUGCACAUCCUGCACGGCCUGGGCUGGACCCUCCGAGACUACGUCAGGGGCUACAUCCUGCAGGAUGCUGCAGGCAAGGUGCUGGACCGCUGGACCAUCAUGUCCCGAGAAGAGGAGAUCAUCACCCUGCAGCAAUUUCUGCGCUUUGGUGAGACCAAGUCUAUUGUGGAGCUGAUGGCCAUUCAGGAGAAGGAAGGUCAGGCAGUAACAGUUCCCUCCUCGAAGACAGACUCCGGUAUUAGGACAUUCAUUGAAAGCAACAACAGGACCCGCAGCCCCGGACUCCUGACACAUCUGGAAAACAGUAGCCCAUCAAGCAUUCACCAUUUCGAGAAUAUCCCCAACAGCUUAGCCUUCCUCCUGCCUUUCCAGUAUAUCAACCCAGUCUCUGCCCCCAUGCUCGGCUUGCCCCCUAAUGGCCUGCCUAUGGAGCAGUCUGCCCUCCGGCUCAGGGAGCCCAGCCUGCCAAACCAAGGUGAACAGGUAGAGACCAGUGAGUCAGAAGUGUCCCUGUCACCCUUCCGCACAGGCCAGAGCCCUAGCCGUGGAGCCCUGGGAGUCAUUAACAACAUUGAACCCAAGACAGAACCCAACAACAGGGCAUCACCCAUCUCGCCAACCCCUUCCACCCAGCAAGCUCAACAGCAGCAGCAACAGCAGACACAGCUCCAGCAGCAACAGGGCCAACAGCAAUCCCAAAAUCAACCACAGCAAUCCAACAGCCUGAGUGACCACCAAGUUCACCACCACUUCAUAAAGGAUGAGCAGUCUAAAACCAUCACCCAUCCUUCCUUUUCCUCCAAGAUGCAUCGCAUGCGCCGCAUGGGAGCCACUUCACGCAAGGGUCGAGUGUGCUGCAACUCUUGUGGCAAAACCUUUUAUGACAAAGGCACACUUAAGAUACACUAUAAUGCUGUUCACUUGAAGAUUAAACAUCGUUGCACCAUCGAGGGCUGCAAUAUGGUCUUCAGCUCACUGCGCAGCCGCAACCGUCACAGUGCCAAUCCCAAUCCACGGUUGCACAUGCCUAUGCUGCGUAAUAACCGCGACAAAGACCUUAUCCGUGCCAAUUCGACCACUGGCACGCCUGUCAUCUCAAGCACCAAGAAUGGUGGCUUCACACUCACCAGCCCUGGAAGGCCACCACUGGGCUUCACCACUCCACCGGUAGACCCUAUGCUCCAGUCACCCCUGCAGAGUCCACUGGUGUUCCCCUCCCUGAAGUCAGUGCAGCCAGUCCAGCCAGUGCCCCCAUUCUACCGUACGCUCCUGUCCCCCGCUGAUCUCGUCAGUCCUCCAGUGUCACUGCCCACCAGCCCCAUCCUGCCCACCACCACUAACAGUACCACCCUGAUGGACCAGCAACAGCAGAUCUUGGCUGCUGCAGCUGUGGCUUCACAUAAUAAUGUUCAUGUGUCAGAGGCAGGGCCCAUGUCUCACCGUUUACCUACACCUACUGCCAAUCAGGACCUCACCAGUGGCAGCAGUGAUCCCACACCCAAAAAGAAGCCUCGUAAAUCUAGCAUGCCAGUGAAGAUUGAGAAGGAAGUGAUUGAUGUGGCAGACGAAUAUGAGGACAAAGAUGAAGAUGAUGAUGAUAACAUCCAUCAAAAUCACCACCAUCACCAGUCAUCCCUUCUUCACAACAAUAUCAAAAUGAAUGGUAACUGUAACAGCAACAACAGUGGCAGUGGUACUGGGAACCACAGUGGUGGUAGUGGGCAGCAAUCCCCAUCUCAGGAUGAGAUGAGCCCUGGCUUAGCUCUGAGAGGCAUGAUGAGACAGAGUGAAGACGAAUGCCGGGAAGGGACUGGUAGUGACAGUAGGGGUGGAAAUGAUCUGCGAGGCUCUGGUGAGCUACGCUGCAUGGACAGCUUCACCUCUGAGGACCAGGACCAUGAAAGAGACUUCGAGAAUGAGUCUGAGACCUCUGAUUCCAAGAUGUUCUACCGUGAUGAGCUCAUGGAUGUGGAUGAACAUCAAAAACACAGCAGGGGUGGAAGGGGUCUGGACAAGGAACAGGAUGAUGAGGGUGGUGAGGAAGCCCAUUUGAGAAAGGAAAUGGAAGGAAAGGGCCAUUCCUCACCCUCCCCUCAUCAGCCCCCUAUCAAGAUCAAGGAAGAACUCAACGAUCCUACUUAUGACAUGUUUUGCAUGGGCCAGUAUGGCCUCUAUAAUGGAGGCAUGGCAGCAGCUGCUGCCGCUGCUGCAAGUAUGGCUGCCCUGCAUGAGAGCUUCAUCUCUUCGAUGGGCUACGGUUCUAGCCCACCCAAAUUCCCUUCUUCUCAAUCACCAGAGGGAGAUCCAUGCUCAAGUCCUGACCCCAAGAUCUGCUAUGUGUGUAAGAAGAGCUUCAAGAGCUCCUAUAGCAUGAAACUGCACUACAAGAAUGUGCACCUCAAAGAGAUGCAUGUGUGCACUGUGGCUGGCUGCAAUGCUGCAUUCCCUUCACGGCGGAGCCGAGACAGGCACAGCUCCAACAUCAACCUGCACCGCAAACUGCUGACCAAAGAGCUGGACGACAUUGUCCUGGACCCCCAACUCACGCCACUGCCCAAGGACCUGCGAGCCGAGUUACUGGCCAAGAUCUACGCCGGGCACCACAUGGGCUUGGACCCUAUGGCAGGGAUGGGCAUCGGAGGCGGCAGCCUCGGACCCACCGGCCUGAACCACGAUGCCCGUUCCCCCAUGAGCAUUGAGUAUCCCCAGCACCGUCUCAACCACAUCCUUAAAAAUCACCACACCAAUGGCUUCUCCCAGGGCCACCCAGAUGACUACAUGGUGCUGGACCUGAGCACCACAUCUAGUGUUCAAUCCAGCAGCAGUGUCCACUCCUCACACGAGUCAGACGAGGGCAGUGACGAGGGCAUCCUAUUGGAUGACCUGGAGGAGGAGGAGGGAGAAGAGGAUGAGGAGGAGGGCAACAGUGAGGGGGAGGACUGCUCCCAGCGUGCUGGGAGGCGAGCUGACGGUGGGCAUCAGGAUGAGACUGGAGAACUCAGAGGAGAAGGACAUGGUGAGAGGUUGGAGUCUUCCUCCUCACCAUUCCUCCUUUCGUCCACCGGGGGCAGUAAUGGUGGCAGCAGUGGCAUCCUCUGCAACAUCUGCCACAAAAUGUACAGCAACAAAGGGACUCUGCGCGUGCACUACAAGACUGUGCACCUGCGAGAGAUGCACAAGUGCAAAAUCCCCGGUUGCAACAUGGUGUUCAGCUCGGUGCGCAGCCGUAACCGACACUCUCAGAACCCCAACCUCCAUAAAAACAUGCCCUUCUCUACAAUAAUAGACUAAAUAAUGACUUUCUACUCUACCCUCCUGUCAGUCUGCCCGCUCCUCCCUUCAUUCCUCAUCCUUAUUCCUCCUCAAAUUAGCUUUUAACCCCAGCCCAGGGCCAUCAAAUACAAGCUAAGUGCUUGUAUGCCUCCUGCCCGUCCUCUGUAAGUCAUUGCAAGACAUUUCUAUGUCCCUCUAUAAAAUUCAUCAACUCUAAAUACAGUUUAUUAUCGUGACCUUUGACUUUUCCCUCUUUGGAAGAACAGGAUGACACUCUGAGUAUGGAGUUUGAUUUAUAGCAAAACUCCAGUUUUUUGUUUUUUUCAUAAGCCCCUCCAUCUUUCCUUUCAAACUUCUCCCCACUUUGUUUUUAUGUCCGUCUCCAAAGAAUCUAUUCAAACUCUUAUUUGUGACUUUGCCUGCAGAAACGAUAGUAUUGAAAAAAAAAAAGAAAAAAGAAAAAAAAGAAAAACCUUCUUGUUGUAUUUGUGUAAUGAUAGCUUUUAAAUGAACCCCUUACAAAAGCAUGACAGCUUCAUUUGUAAAUAAUGUCCCAAGAGGCUUUUGGUGUAAAAAGAGUUGUGUUGAUGGUUGUUUGCUUCUUUUUUCUCUCUCUCUUUAUGGUUUUAUGUUACAGUCCAGUACAAUACUUCCAGCUAUAGGCAAGAAAGAGGUAGCAUCUUACUAGCUUGAUUCAUUUAUGUUAGCUUCAAAGACAUGUUUUAAACUGAGUCCUAGGAAAAAAAAGAAUAUCAUGUGACUUGCUUUAUCUACUUGUUAGGUAUUCAGAGGUUGCCGGCAUGCUUUUUUAGGCUCCUACACUGAUAUCAUUCUCUGUAUUUCUCUUGAUUUUAUUUUAUUUUUUUUGUCUGUUAUGUUUAUGAGCUUUAGUAUACUAAUUCAGUUUUUGCACUUUGCAUCUAUACAAGGGGAUGUGUAAUAUUAUUAUAAUGAGGAGUUUUGCAAUGGUGAGUUUAGGUGUUGUUCGGGGUCAUUGAUGGCUAUAGUGCCAAGGGAAAUGACAGUACCUUCAACAUUACUUGUGCCAGUUUCUUUUGCACGUGCUCAGUUUCAAACACAGUUUCAUAACAGAAAACUUCCCUGAACAAAGCCUGAGAUCUUCCCCUAAACCUAAAAAACAAACAAAAAAAAGAAAAAGAAAACAGUGUAUUCAGAGAGAGGUGUCUCCAAGGUGUCUUGCUUCAAAACUAAUCCACGUGUGACUGAAUUAUAAACUGCUGUUUCACAAACACAAAGGAGUUAAAUAUUGAUAAAGUAUCUCCUCUUUAUGUUAAAGGAGAAAUUUGUGUACCACUUAUGAUCACAGUAACAACAAUUACUUCAGCGGUUUAGUGAGGUCAUCUGUGUAAAGCAUGACAUUAUUGUGAAAUUGUUAGCAAUGCAAGAGCUCAUGUUUGUUCUCACAAAAGGCAUCUUAAUGAAAUAUGAAUGUCCCAUAGAUUUGAAAAAAAAGAAAAAAAAAGAUGAAACUAGUCCUUCAACUGUGACCAAAACAAAAAGUGUUCGCUUAAGAAAAGCUGUUUCAGUGUAACAUUGUACUCAAAUCAUGCCCCAUUGGAUUAAUAUGAUGCACUUGAGUCUUAAAUCUUUUGCUGUGAUAUUUUCGGUAUCGGUUUCCAUUGCUGAGUGUCGGCUACAAAUGUACUCUAUGAAAAAUGUUUUGCCAUUUUCCUGGCUGCUGGUUGCAGCUGUUUUUAACCUGUCCACAACUGUCUUAUACGGUACAAAUAUUUCCAGUAACUGGGCAAAGUAGCCACGGGAAGGGGUAUUUAUUGGUGGAUGAUGUAUCUUCAUGGAGAUGUUUUUGUCCAGUAUAAGAAUAUUUUUUGUAAAAAGACAAAAAAUAGAGAUUGUUCCUCAGUUCAACUUGUUUAUCAAUGUAUUAGCAAUGCCAUGUGUUACUAUACAAGGAGAUCUUCUCUUACUUGACUGGUGCUACACACAGAGGGAAAAAUAUGCAGUGUUAUGUGGUGUGCUGUACAGUAUUCACAACACCUUACAUCCAUAACAGUGUUGAGUUCCAUUUGUUUCAUACUCAAGCCAUUUUACAAUAUAGACAUGACCUAUUCUAGUGAAAUAUCUCAUGUCUUUUUUUUUAAGACUCCACCUAUAUGACACAUGCAGUUUUCAGUCCUCUCUUCUCUCAGAGAUAAAGAGAGAGAGACAGAGAGCUGAGGCUGAUGGAAAGGUUGCGGAGGUGGAAGGCUGACUAGGGAGGAAAGGAUGACAGAAACGAUCAUUAAAAAUGUGCUGCUUCUCCGUUACCUGGAGGCGUCCCUGCCAUUCCGGCUUCUUCUGUCUAAUAUCUCACUUGUCACUUCGUUACUCUGCCAGACGCCAAGGUUGCUGACAUGGCUGUGACACUGACAGAGAGAGAACAAGAAGGACAGAGCUGUGCGCUCCCAACAAUUCAAUUUGACUCAUUCAAUUUAGCUGAAUUCAAUUCAUCUAUUCAUUCUCUGCAUGUGCUCAUUCUUAUUCAGGGUCGCCGGUAAUUCAAUUCAAUUCAGCUCUUUCCUCUCAUUCUGUUUUUCUCUUUGUCUGUCAGAGCGCAGUCAUUUAACAACCGCCUUACCCAUUUCUUCAACCCGCCACUCACUUACCACCUCCACACCCCACAGCGCAGGUCCUACAGGGACACACACUAAUAGUGUAUGCUUAAGUUCACCGGACGGCCAUGGCAUAGGAAAAAGGGAUGGGUAAUUGCCUGUUUAUCCCAAGUGGAGGGAAAAUUGAGUACAGGAACCCCUGCCUUCUCCCAGGAGUGGGUUUCACUGAGGCGCUCGCUGCCUCAUUCACUCAUUCAAUCCCCCCGGCCCUCGCUCUGGCAGAAAUAAAAAAGUGCUACUCCAGGAACCCUGCUGACAGCUGUCUCUCCAACACACAGCCAUACAAACACACACACAUAUGCUUCCUACUUACAGGCCAGAAGGAUGACAAGAACGAGAUGACUUGUUAACCUUUAGUGAUGGAAGAGACAGGGGCAGAGAAAAAAUAGAGAAUAUUCUCACCACAGGAGAUGAAACUCUUCGUCUAGCAUUAACAUUACAGCCUUUGCCACAACACAGGAAGCUAACACUCCAGUAUGAAGGAUGGUGUGAGCUGGCAUUGAGUCUUAUCAUUAUUACUAUUUCAUUAAAACUAUCCCAACAUGUUUAAGUGGCAGAUUAAAUCCCUUAACAAAGCCAGAAAGCUCACACACGGAAUUGGACUGGCUGUAUAUACCCAAUAUAAUAAAAGUUAUCUUACUAAAAAUGUGCUGUGCCCAACAACCUCAGCUUCUCCACCACUCUAGAUCUGAGAAAAAACAAGUUUUCUGGCUUGUUUUUUUUUUUUUUAUUUUCUGCACAUCCCUCAUGUCCUGUUCUUUGCUGUCCAUUUCUCAGGCAGCAGCUGCAGUGCAUGACCUCUCUAUCUGUGUACUUGUGUGUGCCAGAAAAGAAAGCAGAAUAUCAUAGAAGAGAUUCCCUUACAACACCCUUUUCUCCUACACCCUACGGGCUCCUUGUGCGUCUUGCACGGUGCUGGUCAUGCCAGCAGAGCUCAGAGCUGCAAAGACGCUGGAAACAGAAGCUGAGAAAACGCACACAAACGACUGUCCAGCGCAGCCAGGGAGAGACGGAAGGGAGAGAUGAAGGGAAGGGAUUGGGCGUAGGAAGCGGUCUGGCUGGAGCCUUGCGGCAGUCACUUAACAAGGCAGGAGGAGAAAGAGAGAAACGUAGGGAGAGAGAGGAGAGAGCAGCAGGGCCAGGACUCCCCAGGACUCAUCACCAGCUUCUUCUUGAUUGCCUGCUGGAGAGCAAUCGAGCCACCCCUCACAUUUCCACCCCUAUCUCCUUCCCUCCUCUGAGAAAUGACCAUCAAUCCCCCCCGUCCAUCACCACUCCUUCAAGAAAGCCCCCGGUCUAAAUUUUGUCCUUCUUACCUCUCCAACCACAUGGGCCCAGGUGCUCUCUGCUACCUAGUGACCAGGCUAAGGGACGGCAGGAAGGCAUCACUUAGAGCGCCUCGCUGACCCAGGCCACUGGAGUGAAUCUUUAAUAUUUGAUUAGAGGAGCGUCAGGCAUCAAUUAUUCUGUAAUUCUACAUAGCACACAGAGAGAGGAGGAGAUAGAGUGGCUGACCUGUUAAUCACUGUCCGUUUAGUUCACAUCACUGAGGCGAGGGAGGACGAGAGGUGAUAUGGCAUGCAAACCUGUCCACUUAAUGUAGCUCAUGGAACAAAGUGGGAUUCAAAUGUUUGAUGGGACGUCAUUAGAAAUAUGCAGAUAGAAGAAAAAUACACACACGUGUGGGUUUGUAUAGAUGCUUCAGUCUCAUGUGUUAGGCUCUAAAAGAAAUAAAAAAAAAACCCUCAUUAAUUUGAACUGGAACCUGUGAAAUGUCAAAUCCUGAAAAAAAUACUGUAAAUUCAUGAAAUGUUUUCCAUUGUGCCAACCAUAUUUAACAGUCUUAAAGUAUAAAUAAGCUUGAAGACCUGGUGAAUUUAGAUUUUUUUUUGUUGUUGUUUUCACUUGUGUUUUUGUGUAUCCAAUGCAUUUGUGUCUGUGUCUUAAAAAGCCCGUGUUAAUGGCACUGGCACUCGACAGCGUUGCAUGGCUGCAUAGUCGCACUGCAAAGAACAAACACAGCAGAGGAGCUUAUAUCACUUUGGUGUCAAAAUGGUGAUUUGGAAGCCUCAUGAAUACUGUAUGUUACCUAAACAGGUGUUUCCCAUUUGCAGACAGGAGGAAAAAAAAAAGCUCCUCUUUUUAAAAGACUCUUUUCUUUGUUUUUUCUUUCCUUUUUGCCUUUCUUGUAUUUGUUUCUGUAUCAUAACUGUCUAUGGUUUUUGCAUAAAAUGCAUAAGGGUUUUGGGAUGUAAAUGGAAUUUUAUUCAUAUUUUGUCCAAAUACCUCUUGUAAUUUGUAUCAGAAUUCUUGUACAAUUUUUAUAUUAAAGAUUUAUCAGUCA